ACAGAGAUUGCGAGCUUCUACCAACGGCCACACAUGGUCUCCUUCACCUUCAAACCGCUGCAACAAACCCAACUCUUCUCCUUCACUAUCUGUAAGUACCCUUCAACUUUGAACUCUUUUAAAUUCCAAUAUCCAGCAAGCAUUCACACUUUUUCACGUACUAAACACACACUUCAACCAAGAUGUUCACCAUUUCUUGAAGUUAGAGCACAAGUUACCCACUUGGAAACAGAGUUGUCUAUUACCGAAAAAGAACUCUCCAGGAACACCCUGAAUCAGAGAAAUAGUGAUGAAAUUGGUUCUGGGUUGUCUUCUUUAAGGCCUAGAGAGAAAGGGGUGGACAAAAAUAUUGAAAAGAGGGUCAGACAAAAUGGUCAUGGCAGGAAGAGAUUUGGUUUUAAUAAAAGGAGAGAAAAAGGUUAUGGGAUUUCUCCAAUGAGAUCUAAGGAUCAAAGUUUAUCGAAGGAAACUUUGGAAACUAAAGGUGAUAAUGUAGUUAGUGAGAAGAUAGGCAAAAUAGCUAAGAAUAGUUAUAGUAAUCGGUUGGGAGAAGAGAAGAUAGGAAAAGGGUCUAAGAAAAAUAAGGCUAAUUCGUUAGGAGCUUUGUUGAGGGUUGGGUUGGAUAUGUGCUCAAAAAGAGGGGAUUGCAUGGGUGCAAUUAGACUCUAUGAUUUUGGUAAGCAAGAAGAUAUAAAGGUGGGACAGUACCACUAUGCUGUGCUUUUGUAUCUUUGUUCUUCUGCAGCUACUGGUGUUGUUCAGCCAGCGAAGAGCGGGAGUGGUAACCGGAGUUUGAAUGUGGUGUACUCAUCUAAGAAUUCUAGUGCUGGUUCUCUAGAUUUUGGCGAACUUGAGAAAUUGGUUGAGGGGAAUUUUGGUGGAAAUGAAAUGAAUUUGCCGGUUUCAAACGAUAGGCUGUCGCUUGAAUCUGGUAAAAUUCAUGAAAACAUUGAUAAAACAAAGUUAAAACGCAAUAAUUUUCCAGCGGAAGUAGCGCAAGAUGAUGCACAGAAGAGUUUCAAUGGGCAGAAGAACUUAAGCCAAUUGAUUAAUGGGUCUUUACCACAUCCUCAAAAUUUGGAUGAGCUGAUUCAGUUGCUGAAAUACGAUAAUGAUUCCUCAAAUAGAAAAGUAGUGAAUGGUGCACGAGGAGAUAAUGGAAUUCAAGUAAGUGAAGAUGUCAAGAGCUAUGCAGUCCGGAGGGGAUUUGAAAUCUAUGAGAAGAUGAAGUUAGACAAUGUCCCAAUGAAUGAAGCAGCCUUGACAUCUGUGGCUAGAAUGGCAAUGUCAAUGGGUGAUGGUGACCUCGCAUUUGAUCUGGUAAAGCAAAUGAAGACAUUGGGGAUUAACCCUAGAUUACGGUCUUAUGGUCCUGCUCUAUCUGUGUUCUGCAGUCGUGGUGACAUCGAGAAGGCAUUCACUGUCGAAGAACACAUGUUAGAGCAUGGUGUCUAUACCGAGGAGCCUGAAAUGGAGGCCCUCUUGAGAGUGAGUGUAGAAGCUGGUAGAAGUGACAAGGUUUAUUAUUUAUUGCAUAAACUUAGAACAAGUAUACGACAGGUAUCACCUUCUACUGCAGAUUUGAUUGAGAAGUGGUUUAAAAGCAAGGUAGCUUCAAGAGUGGGGAAAAGGAAAUGGGAUAAAAAACUAAUAAUUGAAGCAAUUCAAAAUGGAGGUGGAGGCUGGCAUGGGCAGGGCUGGCUGGGUAGAGGAAAAUGGAUUGUUUCACGCACGUCUGUUGGAGCUGAUGGCUUAUGUAAAUGCUGUGGUGAAAAAUUGGCCACCAUUGACCUUGAUCCUACAGAAACUGAAAAUUUUGCAGAAUCAGUUGCAGCUGUAGCGGCACAGAGAGAGAAAAAUUCAAGUUUCCAGAAAUUUCAAAAAUGGCUCGACUACCAUGGACCAUUUGAAGCAGUAGUAGAUGGGGCAAAUGUCGGCCUUUUCAGCCAAAGGAGACUCAAGCCGUCAAAGAUCAAUUCUGUUGUAAAUGGAAUUCGGCAGAUGCUUCCUUCAAAGAAAUGGCCACUUAUUGUCCUGCAUAAUAGGCGCCUUACUGGAGACAAGAUGGACGAACCAUUCAAUAAGGCAAUAAUUGAGAAGUGGAAAACUGCUGAUGCGCUCUAUGCAACGCCAACUGGAUCAAAUGAUGAUUGGUACUGGUUGUAUGCAGCUAUAAAGUUUAAGUGCUUAAUUGUGACCAAUGACGAGAUGAGAGACCAUUUAUUCCAACUUCUAGGGAAUGAUUUUUUUCCCAAGUGGAAAGAAAGGCAUCAGGUGCGAUUCAGCUUUUCUGAUGUGGGUCCGGUGUUUCACAUGCCGCCUCCAUGUUCUGUUGUAAUUCAGGAGUCAGACAGAGGCCACUGGCAUAUUCCAAUGGUAUCUGAGCAGGAUUAUGAAAGGGAAAGGAUGUGGUUAUGCAUUACACGUACCAAGUCACAAAAGGCAAGGCAAGAUUUUACCAAGAUAAAUGAAGGUAGUUAUCAACUUUGAUUAUGCAGUGAUUCUAUCCUUAGUAUUAUUAUUUGGAAACACAAAUACUUGAGUCCUUCACUAAUUUUUUUUUGGUCAGAAAUCCUUCACUAUUUAAACCCUUAAAAUUGUCAUUUUCUGAUGCUGUGUUUGGGUGGUCUCAUGAAAAUUGAAAAUCAUUUCAGAUAGCACUUUCUUUUCUUUAUUCGCUUUUUUGCAUGUUGUCGGUAAGAAUACUGUUCCUACACAUUACUGUUCUUUAGAGUUCAGAAAUAUCUGAACUCGUUAGUUUACUCCCAGCUAUCUCAAUAAUCAGUCUCAACUUGGGAGGAAGAAUUGGACAUUUUACUUGUAGAUGUCCAGACCCUAUGCCUAUCAGCCUAUACUUCCUGUUUAUUGUAAGUAAUAUUGCGUUGAUAUUGUAUGCCAGUUAUGCUACUUUGGCAAAGGUACUCUUCAGUGAUGGACAGAUGUGAGUUGCUGGAUAUGAUGAAAAAUGCAUACAAACUUAAGUGAAGCUAUUAACCAACAUGUUAGACCAUCUCAGCAGAUGCAUUUUAUGCAUAAUUUAGAAACUUCAAGCCAAUAUAACUCGGUGUCACUAAGGUCGCAUGUGCUCCAUUUUGGUUGUCCUUUGAAAUUGUCUGUAUCAGGUACCUCGGUCAGGCCUGACUCUGUUUCAUGAUGUUUAAUUCAACCUUUGAUAACAAAGUUGUUGGCUAAUACAUAGCUAUUUUGAGUGUUCUUUUUUUUUUUUGGCGAUGUGCAAGCAGUAGCUGAUUGGGUUCUAAUUUUGGUGCACACUCCUUGAUGGGCAUAUAUUGCUAAUUCUGUGCAUAGUAAUUUACGACUUACAAACCACUUUUCAAGUUAUUUUAGUUUGAAAGAAAGUGUCUAUGUUCCAUGUUGAUUCAUUAAGCCCCACAGAUUCAGUUAUGGGGAAAGCCUUAUUGAAAUACUGAAUUGUCUUGUAUCAACUAGAAGCUUCUCAGUGCAAGAAGGGGCGUGCAAACUCAGGUACUGAAGCUCAGGUAAAGCUACAACCAUUGAGGCAUGGCAGACCUGAUAACACUAAGCAUCCACCUCAAGAAUUUUAUGGAAAUCUUAGAAAUCUUCUGUCAUCAUCCAUCCUUGAAAAUUGCGACACGAUCCUAUCAGAAAUUGAGGCAGCAGAGAGGGUUGGCCGCUGCAUUAUUGAUUUUCAAAUCUAGGGUGAAUGGCAGUGAAGUUCAGGUCCUUGAGUCACACUUGCAGUUGGAUGCCUACUCCGAACCAAAAUCCCCUUGUAUAGUUCUGAUGCUGAUUGAGCCUUUUUGUCCCUGCAAGAAUUUUUAAGCCUUCAAAACUGAAGGAUGACGGUUCCUUUAUUGUGCAGGCAUACACAGAUGAUCAACUCUCUUGCCAUCUAGUAGGUUAGAGAAAAAUUUCUGUAUUCUUGUUUUGUAGGGAGGGAAUGCGUCUGCCUAACUCCUAAUUUGAGUAGCAGUCUUGUGUCUUCUCUUGUAAAUAUAUGAUUUGUACACAAUUCUGUAAAUUCAGUUUCUUAUAUGAAAUAU